GCUUCCUGUUCCUGCCCUGCUGUGUGCUCCCUUCCCUCCUUGCAGUGGAAGUUCAGUGAUCGCUGCUUGCAGUGAGCAUGUUGUCCCCGGAGGGAGAAGAGGAGUCUGGGUUCCAUGGAGAAUCAGACGAGGUGGAGCUGGAUGUGGAUGCCUCGUUUCCUCUGGAUCAGGAGAUGGAGGAGGGCGAGGAGUCGGAUGUGGGACCCUCCUUAGAUCCUUUUUGCUAUGUGCCCUACAGGUAUCGCUGCGAUAUAGCUUAUUAUUGGGGAUUAAUAAAUCCGACAAGGCUGGGGUGGCCAUAAGGUAGAGCUCUGCUUUGGGUAGCCUUAAAGGCUGACCAAGCAUGAUGGGAGUUGUAGUUUUCUAGCAGCCUGGGUUUUGCCUUUUGGCCACUGCUUGGAUAAAUAGAGUAAUAUGUGAGGAUAGUGGUCGUGGUGCUUGGAGUAAUUAUAGGCCGUCCACUAGAUGUCAAAUGAUAAUGGUGUCAUGGCACUUAGAACUUAAACUGAGUGGUUUAGAAUUUUAGGAAUAGGAAUAAUUUCAAUUUUGGGGGGGCUUUUUGAAAAAAAAUCUUUUAAAUGAGGGUCAGACAGCACAUUUUCAUAUUGUUGCUUAUUUAAUUAGGGUUUUAGAAGUAUGUGUAUUACGGGGGUAAAAUAAAAGCACAGGAAUGAAUAUAUUCUUGUAUAACUGCUAGAACAUUUGUCUCCCAAUUAAACGACAGAAGGGGUUUAAAGGGUUACAACAACCACCAUGAUCACUUUAGUGAUUUGAAGUGGACAUGGUGGUAGUAGUAUGUUAAAGGGACACUAUAGUCAACUGAACAACGUUAGCUUAAUGAAGCAGUUUUGGUGUAUAGAACAUGCCCCUGCAGCCUCACUGCUCAAUCCUCUGCCAUUUAGGAGUUAAAUCCCUUUGUUUAUGAACUCUAGUCACACCUCCCUGCAUGUGACUUGCACAGCCUUCCAUAAACACUUCCUGUAAAGAGAGCCCUAUUUAGGCUUUCUUUAUUGCAAGUUCUGUUUAAGAUUUUCUUAUCCCCUGCUAUGUUAAUAGCUUGCUAGACCCUGCAAGAGCCUCCUGUAUGUGAUUAAAGUUCAAUUUAGAGAUUGAGAUACAAUUAUUUAAGGUAAAUUACAUCUGUGUGAAAGUGAAACCAGUUUUUUUUUUUCAUGCAGGCUCUGUCAAUCAUAGCCAGGGGAGGUGUGGCUAGGGCUGCAUAAACAGAAACAAAGUGAUUUAACUCCUAAAUGACAGUGAAUUGAGCAGUGAAAUUGCAGGCGAAUGAUCUAUACACUAAAACUGCUUUAUUUAGCUAAAGUCAUUUAGGUGACUAUAGUGUUCCUUUAAUGCAGUGUUUCUGCUUGAGUAAUCUGCACUUUUGAGCUAGUUAUACACUUGGACAUCAGAGCUUCCAUUGUUGUGAUGGAGGCUCUAAUACUGCGAGCCAGUCCUUAUUAAUUACAAAUAUACAGUCCAUUGCAUAUACAGCCAUUUCUCAUAAUACACAACAGCUGACUGUGUUACGUGGGUGUUCUAUAGGGUUCAAUUCACUAAACUUCAAUUUAUAGAAAAUUGAAAUCUGAAUGGAAGAACUUUGUCUAAAAUUGCCACGCUGUUACUGUAGCAAGAUUGGAGAAUAUUUACAGAUCAGCUGUUGCCUAGACGUAAUUGUUGUUAUAGUUUUCAGUACAUCACAGCAAAUCAAAAAUCAUUACUUACAAAGUACAAACUGUUUUUUUUUUUUGUUUUUUUUUAGGAUAAUAUAUCUUUUAGCAAGAGUCAUACUCUGUUGUUGCUAACAACAUUAAAUGUCUAUUCUCGUGAGAGCUGUUCAAUUUUAGAGGUAUAAUACAAAUAACAAGAAAACCACUGUUGCAGUAGGUUCUCAUACAAGGAAUUGGCUGAGCCAAUACUAGUCUUCACAUAGCGUUGUAUGAGAUUGAUGACUUUACCCCGUGCAGCAAGUAGUUAUGUGAGUUGUAACUCAGAUGUCUGCUAAGAAUGCCUGGGAUUCACUUCCUUCAUGCAAAUCAUGGAAGAAGCAGUUUGCAUAUGAUAUUAGAAGCAGAGGGUAGACAAUGUUUAAUUCGUGGUUCUUAAAGGGACACUAUAGGCACCCAGACCACUUCAGCUCAUUGAAGUGAUCUGAGUGCAGUAUCCCUGGACCAUUAACCCUGCAAAGGUAAUUAUUGCAGUUUUUAAUAAACUGCAAAAUUACCUUUGGAGGAUUAACUCCACAACUUUGUUUUCCUGGCACUAUAGUUUUUCCUUUUAAUUAAAGGACUCUAUAGGGUUAGGAAUAAAACUAUAGUGUUAGGAAUACAUGUUUUUAAUCUGCCUAUUUAGGGGGUGGGUGGGGGUGUGUGUGGGUCUCAGUCUCAAGAUUUAGUUUAUCUUUUUGCCCUUGCCGCACUGGUCUUGGUCCUGGCAUUCUGCCUCCUUGGCUGAGAUCAUCCCUCUAGGCCCUGUGAGCAAAGGUCUGAAUUACCCCUUAAAUUUAGGGAAAGCAAAAAACAGUGUACAAGAGAAUACUGGAACAGCUCCAUUUGCUUGCUUUUCGGUGGGUCCCCGCUCAGAUUUCAAGCUGGUUUUAGGUUAUGUUAUACCAUUACAAAGAGAACCAAGGCCAUUUUGCAUAUCCAACUGAUCCCACUCAAAAGGUUGGUCCAGAUUCGAAAUGCCGGCUGUCUCCGUCAGCACAGAACUUAAAACAACACCAGACGAUUGUUUCUGCCGUCUUAGGCCUCAUCAGUGAGGUAUAUCUGAUACCCGUCUAGAAACAUUAGAAGGCUAAUGCACAUGCAUGACAAAAUUCCCUGCUGCACAAAUCAAAUGCUGCUCUUUGAUUCUAUAAAGCGGCAAUAUUUUACAGUGCAGGGUUAAAACUGCAGGGCCACUGUACCCAGAUAACGUCAUUGAAAUUAAGUGAUUUGGGUGCCUUUAGUUGUCCUCUAAGUCAAAGGAACAUUGCGAGUACCAUAACCCCUUCACCAAAUUGAAGUGGUUAUUGUGUCUGGAGUUUGUGGGAGCCAGGUCCUGCAACACUACUAGACAUUCUAGUCACCUAGAGCUUGGCAUCCUUUCACCUCGUUGCGUACCAAUUCUUACCAGGGAUUAGCAUGUUCUCAGCCAGUCACUGCCUUGAUAUGGGGGGAAGCAGAUUGCUGAUGUCAUCCAGAUUAUUAGCAAUCAGUGCUGUAGGACAGAGGCACCCAUUGUUGAAAUUGUAUGACCCUUUCUGGUAUAGCUCAUUGCAGUGAAUUGUUGCUAAGACAAGCACCCACUAAUCCUUGAGCCAGGUGUAGGCAACCUUCAGCACCCCAGAUGUUGUAUACUAUAUUUGGGGGUGGGCUCCAUUUUAUUUAUUUUUUUUAGGGUUAUUCACUAAAGUGUGAAUUUCAGAUUAACCCCUUAAGGACCAAACUUCUGAAAUAAAAGGGAAUCAUGACGUCAAACAUGUCAUGUGUCCUUAAGGGGUUAAGGCCGGAGUAGCCAAAGUGGAAGCAUAACUGACUUUUUUUUUUUUUAGUAUGUCCAUAUUUUAGUAUGUUAGGAAGAAAUGUGUGUCCAAAUUUUAUUGCAUUUAUUAAAUAGCACAUUAAAAAUUAUGCAAAAAGAAUACUGCGUAAAAAAGAGAAAAAAAAUGCUACUAGAUCCUAUAUGUUUUAGCAGAUGGAUGACUCUUCCUUAAAGGGACACUAUAGUCACCCAGACCACUUCAGCUCAAUGAAGUGGUCUGGUCGCAAUGUCCCUCAGGUUUUAACCCUUCAGAUGCAAACAUAGCAGUUUCAUAGAAACUGCUAUGUUUACAUUUGGGGUUAAGCCAGCCGCUAGUGGCUGUCUUCUGGACAGCUACUAGAGGCGCAUCUGCGAUGCUGGGGGCAUAUUAUGCCUCCAUCGCGCAGAGCGUCCAUAGGAAAGCAUUGAGAAGCUGCCGGGGGAGCUGACGUCGGCGGGGGAGGAGAGGUUACCAGCGCCGAGGGAGCCCGGUGCUGGAAUAAGGUAAGCUGCUGAAGUGGUUACCCUUCAGCGCCACAGGAGGGGGGCCCCGAGGGUCUGGGCACCCUGAGCGCACUAUAGUGUUAGGAAAACUGCUUUGUUUUCCUGACACUAUAGUGAUCCUUUAACCUCUAAAGGGGUCCACUAGUUAAUAAUCUCACAGGUGUUUAUGGAAUAAGUAGUUUAUCGAGACACAGUUCCACUGAUCACAUAGAAUGAAUGGAAUUCCCCAGUAAACUGAUAGUAGCUAACCCAUGACUGCAGGGUACCUAGACGCUUUAAUUGCUGUUUGACCAUGAAUCAUAAGCUGAAUGUUACAAAAACACAUAACAAGGUGUUGUGACUUUUUCUCUCUCUCUAUUUUUACAGGGACAGGAAGGAAUGGGCAGAUGUGACACCAUUACCACAAGAUGAUGGGCCUAAUCCAGUUGUUCAGAUUGUUUACAGUGACAAAUGUAAGUUGAAUUCCCAGUAAAUGUAUGUUUGUUUUACAUGUAAUCAGACAUUACUUUUUAAAUGAGUGACAGGUUUUGGCUAGUACAAGAUAUACACAAGGGAAUUUUUCUAUAUUUACCUUAAAGGACCACUAUAGGCACCCAGACCACUUUCACUUAAUGAAGUGGUCUGGGUGCCAAGUCCAGCUAGGUUUAACCCUUUCUGCUGUAAACAUAGCAGUUUCAGAGAAACUGCUAUAUUUAUAAAUGGGUUAAUCCAGCCUCUAGCGGCUGUCUCAUUGACAGCCGCUAGAGGCGCCUACGUGCUUCUUACUGUGAAAAUCACAGUGAGAAAACGCUAGUGUCCAUUAUGAAUGCUUUCCUAUGAGACUGGCUGAAUGUGCGCGCGGCUCUUUCCGCGCAUGCGCAUUCAGCCAAGGAGGAGGAGUGUCCCCCGCCCGGCGCUGGAGAAAGAAGUAAGUUUAACCCCUUCCUCUCCAUCCAGCCUGGCGAGAGGGGAGCCUGAGGGUGGGGGCACACUCAGGGCACUAUAGUGCCAGGAAAACGAGUAUGUUUUCCUGGCACUAUAGUGGUCCUUUAAUAAAGCUAAAGGGUUACUCCAACCACAGUGACCACUUCCUCUUUUAGAAGUGGUCAUGGUGGUAGGAAACACUACCCAGACUGAGAAAUCUGUACCCCUAGUAUAUGUGACACUGGCAGCCUUGAACCUAUUCCAGGCUGCCUAAUGUCAAUUCUGUGCAUGUUUUAUGUCCGUUGUCAGCAUGUUUAAAGAGGGAAUAUAGCUCAGAUAUGUAUGGGAUAGAGGAAUAAAAACACCCAUACUGGUACUGACGUUAUUUAGUUCAUUAACUGCAAAAAUGUUACAUUGGUACACUUGUCAUAAGACUUUGUAAGCCUUUGCGGUCUGUUCAAAUGGCAGACAACUCUGGCAUAAAUGUUGAUCUGAUCACAGAGCUUAAAAUCCAUAUCAGGACCGUUGUAGCAACAGAGGUAAUCUGACUUGCGUGCAUGAAAGUGUAGCCCCCUCUCUUCCCUUCCUCCUUCACAUACUUCAGUCAGUCUGCUCCCUCUGUGUGCUGCCACUCUACCCUUUACAGACAACAGUGGCUCUCUCUCCCUCUGUGCAGCUCCCCUCCCCUGCAUCAAUGUCUGCUGUCUUGUUACAUUAUUUGUAGUGUCAGCCCUCUCUCUAUUCAGCCUCCCUCGCCUUCACUUACAGUAUGCUGUCAGCUGUCCCUCCCUCCCCUGCAUGUGAUUGGAGCAGAGAACCUGAUGGAUGACAACAAAGGAGGCAUGGAACUCACCUGGGAAAGUUUGGCCCAGCUCUAGAUUGAAAGCGGCACUAAAUUUGUAUUUCAUAAAGAUAGCAUCUUUAUGAAAUAUUCAUUGUAACUGUUGCAAUUUCACUGAAAUUCCAACCAAGUCAAGAGAUAUACAGAGACAAAGUAAGGACUACAUUAUCUCUGUAUAUUUCCUCCGUCUGACGUUCUUAGCCUCUUAGCGGAGUCUAAGUGUAAAUUCCGACAAUCUCCACCAGUGAUUGAUGCAGGGAAUUGGCUCUAUCAAGGAUCAUCCAUAGACCUCAAAGUUGUACUCUCGCGCUGAAGCGUUGAGCUGAAGAGAAGUCGCUGGAAAAAAGAUGGCUGUGCCCACGAGGGACAGGUUCAAGGAAGUAAAUCUCACUUCUAUGCCACCGGACCCCCAUCAGUGAUGUCUAAAUUCGGCAAAGUCCUUAGGUCAGGGUUGCCCAACAGGUAGAUACCCAGAUGUUGUAGAACUACAACUCCCAUGAUGCUUUGCACGCCUUUAGAAUGCUUUUAGAAUGACAUAGCAUCAUGUAGUUCUACAACAUCUGGGGAUCUACCUGUUGGGCAGCCCUGCCUUAGGUGGUGAAAGUGCUGCUUUAAGGUAAGUUUUAAUCUAUUUUUGCAGGUUCUUGUUUAACAAACCUCAGAGAGACCAAGUAACAAAUGCUCAAUAUGGCAUUGUAAAGCCAAACACAUAAUCCUAAAUAAAGCGUUGGGAGUAGCCCUUUAAAGUAACAAACCAUGCCAUGGUGUUUCAAAGCCACUUUUUUUAAGGCACAUUUUAAAAACAUCCCUCCUGUGUAGCAGCUGUAAUGGAUGGCGUUUCACAUUACUCUCAGAAUGCCUUGAAGAAUAUGGAAAUGGGCAUAUUUUAUGUAUUCAUCAAUACCAUGCUGUAGAUGUGAUCGUUGGCCCUUUUUAAGUAAAUUUUUUUUAAAUUGUAAUUUUCCCUUCCUAUCUCUGUCUUUGUUCCAGUCAGAGAUGUUUAUGAUUAUUUCCGAGCUGUUCUUAAGCAAGAUGAAAGGAGUGAGAGAGCUUUUAAUCUGACGACUGAUGCCAUUGAACUGAAUGCUGCUAACUACACCGUAUGGUAAGUCAUAAUAUCUUAUUAUCAGCGAGGACGUCACGAGGAGUACUUAUCCUGUAGAUACCUAGAUAUGCAAGACAAGUGACACAAAUUCUAACUUUUAUAGCUUUGUCUCUUAUAGAAUUCCUCUUUCAUCUUGCAGAUCGCGCUUUCCUAUUUCACCUACAGUCAGACAAUAGAAUAAAAAAUAUAUAACAUACAGGUCAUAAAAAAACAGCUCAACUAAUGCUAUGUAAUGUUAAUAUAUGUAGCCAAUCAAUACUUCAAAUAAAACCAAAUAUAUUGUUUGAUACUGCUGUGAAGAAGAAGAGAGAAAAAAAACUAAAACGUACAAGUUUGGCAGGGGAACAUAUCACCGAUGAUUAGUGCUGGGACAGAGAAUAAUGCAAAUACAAUUUUUUUUUUUUUUUUAAAUGACAUGCUGACAGACAUACGUGUAUCGUCUAUUAUUGUUUUGUUGAUUCUAUAUAUAAGUAUCUACUAUAAGUGAGAGCAUAUCCAUAGGUAUUACCAUUUUUUUAUGUGUUUAUGUGUACCUGGCCUGUGCUCUUCUGAUUAGUUUCUAAACUCUAUACAUACAUUGUUGGGGAGGCCUAUCAAGAACUGUUUGUGUGAAAUGGGGUGGUUUGGUUAAGGUUUAUAAUGCAGAAACUGGCAAAACUUUUUUGUUGGGGAAGUAUAAUUCCUUUUCUUUCAUGUUUGUUGAAUUUUGUUAAUCUAGGCAUUAUCGUCGGGUCCUCUUGCAGUCAUUAAAGAAGGACCUUCAGGAGGAGUUGAACUAUAUCUCUGCAAUCAUAGAAGAUCAGCCAAAAAAUUACCAAGUCUGGUAAGAAAAUCUGAAUUCUCACCAUUGCUGUGACAUAUUCUGCAACGGGUUCUUUGAUAGUCUUUUAACUGGUCAAGUUUUAGGUUUGCAGUUGCAUAGCAGUGUUCAGAAGCAUGUGUGGAAAUGAACUAUUGCUUAGAAAAUCAGAUGGUAUCCCAAAUUAAUCAUAUAAUCUUACUACCUCGGAUAUAAGUCUGUCGUAAGCCACAUCAGAUUCAAAUGGCGACUGUUUGUGUUAUUUAGAGGGGAUAUGAUAACAUUAUACAAAUUUAUUCGGGGCCAGUACAAACCAUUAUCUGGAAAUCUGUUCAUAAACAGAGCUAUACAUAGGACAUGAGGUCACGCGUUUAUGCUGGAAGAAAGGAGAUUUAAAGGACCACUAUAGGCACCCAGACCACUUCAGCUUAAUGAAGAGGUCUGGGUGCCAGGUCCAGCUAGGAUUAACCCUUUUUUCUUAUAAACAUAGUUUCAGAGAAACUGCUAUGUUUAUAAAUAGCUUAAUCCAGCCUCUAAAGCCUCUAGUGGCUGUCUCAUUGACAGCCGCUAGAAGCGUUUGCGUGCUUCUCACUGUGAAAAUCACAGUGAGAAGACGCCAGCGUCCAUAGGAAAGCAUUAUGAAUGCUUUCCUAUGAGACUGGCUGAAUGCGCUGGGUUUUUUUUUUUGUUUGUUUGUUUGUUUUUUUUCAGUAAGAACUAUAAGGAUAUGGAAUUCUCCUAGCACCAUAACCACUACAUGAAAAAUCAAUAUAAGAAGCAUAGAUUUUAGUGUCCUCAAGUUAUGCAUCGACUCAAACAAAUCGAUGGCGAUCAGGACCGGCAGUUACAGGUUUUGUGAAUAUCUAAGUAGAAGUAAAGUAGUGUACGCUACGUCAACAGCAGUGAUAUGUAACUGUUUGUAAUUUUGAAAGUGUGGGCAUGUUAAAAACCGCAUAUUAUGAUUUAAAAGCUUGAAGAAUGCACAGUAAUUAAAGAAGAGUUAAUUUAAGGUUAGUGUUGUAGAUUAACAUUAUACAUUUUCUUCUUCCCCGCAGGCAUCAUAGGAGAGUGCUGGUGGAGUUAUUGAAGGACGGCUCUCAGGAAUUGGCCUUUGUUGCCGAUGUAUUAAGCCAGGAUGCCAAGAAUUAUCAUGCAUGGCAACACAGACAGUGGGUUAUCCAGGUAUCCUGCAUUUAUACACUAUAUUCCAGUAGCCUAAAUGGCUUAUAUUGUAUUACUGUUACAAUAAAGAAUUGUCUUGUUUCUGUUUUACACUGUAUUCUACCAGGAUACAAUAGUGCUGUAUGGGUCACUUGGCAAGCACAGGUGUAUAAAAUCAUAACCAGGACCUGAAAACAAGAGAAAUCUCAAUUUAUCCUUCCUGGUAAAAUAUUGUAUAAAUAAAUAAGUUCUGGUAAAUAAAUAGCAACUUUUCCCAUAAGAAUCAAUGAGAGAGCUGCCAUUAGCUGGCCGAUGCAUGAUUAUCUCUAGCCCUAUUCAUUCAAGUCACUUCAACUCGGAGGGCUGAAGCCACAUCAGAUUCAAAUGGCGACUGGAAAUCACAGGAAUUAUGGCAAAUAGCCUGCUAUGCCUUGCAGAAGAGGACAGUCACAUCAGAGUAAAACUGUGUUAAUUUAAAUAUCUUCAACAAACAUGGCCUCGUGUUUUGUUUUUUGUUUUGUUGUUUUUUUUUAAUUUGUGGAUUUUCUUUUCAAAUUAUUUAAUAACUUUAGAGAAAUCAAAAUCAUUUAAAUAAUUUUGAAAAGCUAAUUCAGUAAUAUUAAAUUGAAGCCUAUAUCUGUAAAAUAUAAUUUUUAUUUUUUUAUUUUUUUUGUUCUGCUUGAAGCAUAUGGAACUAUUAAAUUAUACUGUGUUAAUAUAUUUAGUUUUUAUGUGUUUGCAGGAGUUUAAUUUGUGGGAAGAUGAACUUCAGUAUGUCGACCUGUUACUCGCAAAAGAUCUCAGAAAUAACUCUGCCUGGAACCAAAGAUUCUUUGUCAUUUCGAAUACUACUGGUUACAGUGAUCCUCAAAUCCUAGAAAGAGAGGUGCAGUAAGUGAUACUUUUCUUAUCUUUGGUUCUUGGUUCCUAGACGCACUAUUUGACCAGCAGAGAUUUUCAUAACAAUGAACAGUGUUCACAACUGUUUCUUACACAUGUACGUGAUAUUAUAAUCAUUGCAAAUACCACUAUAAUUGGUUGCCACAUGCAGAGUGCGCGGUAACAUUUCCCCACUGCAGGCAACCCAUGCUGCUUAACAGUAUAUUGAUCCAAUCCAGUUUGAAAUCUUGACUGCCACUUUGGUCAAGAAGGAAAAAUAAUUUAAAAUUAGGACUUUAGCUUUUUUUUAUAACACAGAUGCGUCUAGUGAACACCAGAUAACAGUUUAAUAUUGUCACUAGGUAGAAUAUAACACAAUAGUCUAAAAACCUGAAUUUAUAUUCAGGAUGAUUUUAUAUACAGGCCAGUUGUUUUUAUGUGACCAUUAUGCUACAUCUUGCUAUUGAUUUAUAUUUUGCGUACUGCUAGUAUGCUGCAUGGUGCUGACCUUAUAAAACGCUUUUUAUAAAAUUAACUCACCCAUGGAUUUUCUAGCUAUAAUUUGAUUUUACUUUUGAUAAUUUGUUUUCCUAUCCUGUUAGGUAUGCAAUGGAAAUGAUCAAAGUAGCACCUCAUAAUGAAAGCGCCUGGAAUUAUCUCCGUGGGUAAGUCUUUUCGUCUUUAACAUAUAGCUGAAUACACGGGAAGGAUCUGUUAUACUAAGUGGGUGGUUAUUGAAGUACUGUAUACUUUAAAAAAAAAAAAAAGAGAAGCAUGGUUCAUUACCUUUUGUCUCUGUUACUAAAAGGGACCAAAUAGGGAAAAUAAAAAAUAAUAAAAAUUUAAAUAUUGGGAAUAUGUGAAACCCCAACAUUAAAGGACCAUUAUAGGUACCCAGACCACUUCAGCUCAAUGAAUUGGUCUGGGUGCCAGGUCCCCCUAGUUUUAACCCUGCAACUGUAAACCUAGAGAAACUGCUAUGUUUAUACUAGAGUUAAUCCUCUGACAGCCACUAGAGGCACCUUCAUGAUUUACACUGUGUAAAUCGCACUUAUUUGACGCUGGACGUCCUCACGGAGUCCAGCGUCAAAUAAGAUCCCUAUAGGGAAGCACUGAAUAAUGCUUUCCUAUGGGCAGGUUUGCAUGCGCGCCUCUGGCCGCGCAUGCGCAUCCGGCUCCACUUGGGACCUGAUGUCAGCAGGGGUAGGAGAGGUCACCAAAUGUCAGCCUGUGAGACGUGCUGGUAAAAACUAGGUUAAACCCGGAGAUACACUGCUUUCUACUCUUCUAUUAAAGGACCACUAAAGUCAUCCAGGCCACGUAAUCUCAAUGAAAGGGUCUGGGUGCAGUGUCCCUAUCCUUUUAACCACGCAGUGUUUAUAGUGGAACCACGACGCUGGAAAAAGGUAAGUAAAAAAAAUCUUAACUUUAUUAUAAUGUAUUGGAAAGGGGGACCUCUAUAACUAGAGACAAGAACUCUAAAGUGUUUGAAAUAAAAAACUGUAUCCCUAAUGCUUUAGUGUUCCUUUUAAAUCAAACCAGUGGAAGUCAAGUGAUUGAAAGCAACAUAGAUAACAUCCUAUUAUAAACUGACAUUUCAUUGUUUCCCACUAUUGAACAUUCUGAGCACUUGCAUUUGGAAUUCCUUUGAAAUCAAUCCAUAAUGUAAUAUGUGCAGAAUAGUUAUUUCACAUAAAAUGCAUUAGGAACUGUUUAUACACAGCAUGAGUGUGACAGCUCUGUUAGAAAUGGAUCACCAUGGAAACCAAUGGGAUGUUCAUGCCAAACUCAACAUUUUAAAACUUUGCCCCAGAUGAACCGCAGACAGCAAGAUUAAUGUGUCAAGUAGGUGAUUGGCAAUCAAGACUGCUCAAUGUUUUGCACCCUGUUUGCAGAUUCUUACUUUAUAUAAACAUUCUCACAACUUGAAUGAUUUAAAAACCUUUUACAACAUUUGCACUCUUGUAAUGGAAUUUCUAUUUCUUUUUCAGCAUACUACAAGACAGGGGCAUGUCCGAAUACCCUAACCUUUUGGAACAAAUCCGUGCUUUGCAGGAGACACACAGUUCUCCGUACCUUUACGCCUUUCUUGUAGAUCUCUACGAUGACAUGUUGGAGAAGAAAUGUCAAAAUGUUGAAGAGGCACUUAACGAGACACUAGAGGUUAGUGUUCUAUUUUCUUUUUAGUUUACAUUGAGAUUUAAACUGCAAUGUCUAGCAUAUGGUUCGAGAACAAUAUGAUUCUUUGUAUUUUAAACCAGAAAUAACCACCGUAAAGUAAGAACCAACAUUUGCUGCACCUUAGAUGGUAAAGAUUCAAAUUCUGUUUUUAAUGUUAAAAGAACACUCUGGGCACCAUACCAAUUCAAACUCCAUAAUGUUGCUAUGGUGUCUUGAGGUUAACCAGAAAUUGGUACUUUUAUAAGUUAACCUUGCUACACCCCCCAGGCUGUCAAUCAGACCACUGGUCCUGUUACUUCCAUGUUGUUAAGCUCAGUGGAACUAAACUUAAGAGUCAGGCAAUUGCUCAGAGCACCCACCUUGCAAAGACUUCUCAUUGAGCUGAAUUGGGAAAUCUGUGAUUGGACAGUCACAGAAAGUCUGGGUGGGGUUAGAAGGGGAGGGCAUGCAUAUGCUUCCGACAAGUGAUCUGCAGCUUUUGCAAGCAGUUUUUAGAUAACCCUCCCCAUCCCAUAUUUUCACUUGGGGUAUAUAAAAGGUGAUUUUUAUUUGUCCUGUAUUUUGGCAGUGGAAGGUCACUUUAAGGGGUUAUACUGAUUAGACGGGAUGUGAGAGAGCCUCGGUCUGAGGCUCCCAGCCUAUCACUGGCAUCCAUUUCAAGGCUUCCUCAUUGAAGCUACCGACGUUUCUGUCAGAUGGGGCAGAACGGUCGUUCACCAUCUACACAACUUUCAACUGUAAACGAUAUAACCACUUAAAGUUUUCUCCAAGGACCAUGACCACUUCAGUGAUUUGAAAUGACUAUGGUGCUUUGAGUCUGUAUGCACAGCAUUUCAAUGAAAUGCUGCACAUGCAGAGGUAUUUAAUGAUGCAGCCAGAGGUGUUACUCCACCCCUGGCAAAGUCAUUCGUUUGUCAUUAGGCAUUCUUGGUAAUGCUUUAAAGGAACACUCCGAGCACCAUAACCUCUGCCACCGUCUGUAGUAGUUAUAAUGGCGGAGUGCCUGGUGUACUCACAGAGUAAGUUCUCAUGCCAUUUAAAAAUGUAUGACAACGUACCUGGGUCAUGCCAGGUGCCCACUGCUGCCAUCAGUGAACACAUGCUGCAAACUGUGCAACCACUGUGAGCCAUGGAGUGAUGGCUUAUUGCCAUAGUCUUUCCUAUUAGUCAACUAGAGUAACAACUUAAUGACGUGCAAAAAUUACGCACAUCCUGUCACUGCCAAUUAAGGUCACAGGUUCACUGGCACAUACAUUUAUUUCCAAUAUAUGAAUGAGUGAACACAGAUGCACAACCUUGGAAUACUGAGCUGUAAAUUCUAGUGUCAACUCUGUAUGGUUAUGUAUGUGGGAUGUUUGUGUAUCUGUGACAUUGUUCUCCUUUUUAUUUCUCAGAUUUUUCAGUGUUCGCACUGUUUAACUGAAAUAUUAAAUAUUGAUAAAAAGUUAUUCUGAUGGUGGUUAGGCCACCUCUAAUGGAUUAUUUUUUUUUUCAAUGUAUUGUUUUGCAGCUGUGUGAAGUCCUUGCAAAAGAAAAAGACACUAUAAGAAAGGAGUACUGGCGCUAUAUCGGCCGAUCUUUGAAGAUCAAAUACGGAAAAAAUUCUCCGGAGAAAGGGGAACCAACAGUUGUUGAAAGUGUAUAACUUUUAAGGGGUUCAGAUUUAUUUUCAUGUAUCUAUUUAAUAUUUUUUUUUUUUUAAACUAUCUACUUGAAAUAGGACUGAGGCGUCACUGAUUCAUUGUAUAAUGUAGUUAUUGCACCUGCGUGAAAAGCUUGACUUAACCAAGCGGUAAAUAACCAAAUGAAAGCUGCGGGUGGACGCUUGUUGUUCAAUGUUCAGAGACCUCACAUAACACCACAUUCAGUAUGCUAGCAUAUUAAUCUGUAUGAUACGGAUAUUAAUUUGCUUUUUUGAAAUAUAGUACACUGCACAAGCUGUUGCUGGUGAACCCACAUAACUUUUUUCAUCUAACAGUUGUUAACUCAGGCUCUGCUUUGUAACAUACUUAAUGAAAACUAGAAUUGUGUUUGUAAGACUAAUUUAAAAUGUAAAAGUAAAAGGGAAAAGAACUGUGUCCAGCAAUUCAUUUCAUAGAGCAGCUGGUUUUUGUUAUUAUGCUUGGCUAAUACAUUUGUUAAACGUUGAUGUGCCUCGCAAAAUACUGACCAUAAAAUAAAAGAUAUAUUUGAGCAAUUUAUUUGCCUAAUAACGUAAUGUAAAUUUUAAAGCAAAGUCACUUUUCUUGCAAUAAAAAGGAGUAUGGCCAAAAAAAGUGGUAUUAUUGUACUGUAUCCAAAAGUGUUACUGUUCACGCAGAAUUAAAUUAAAAACAUUUUGAGCA